CAACAAAAAAAACUUCUUCCCAGCUGCGGGACGGACGGACGGACGGACGGACGGGAGUGAGAUAGGCCGGCUGCUCUCUCGCUCGCUCUGGCAAGGGAUGGCUUCUUGAUAUUUCUCACGGAUUGAACACACCCCGGCAGGGUUACGCUCGCUCGGGCAAGGUGUCUGCUGGUGGUUUGGAAACGGUUGAAGUGGUUGAAAAGGGCCAAAGAGGUGGGCUCGGCUGCCAUUUUAUUCCAGAGGCGAGCGAGAGAACUUUGCUCAGGAGCGUUGCAAGUCUGUGCAGAAAUGUAAGCAGAGUCCAUAUGUCUUCUCGCCGGCCGAGGAUGAUAUGAGUGGCACCCGACCGUGAAAAUGUACGAGGUGAUGUCCGGCGACACGCUGUCCUGGAAGGUGCCCAGCCCGAGACAGAGCGCCGACCCGUCGCCGUCGGCCGGCGACGGCGGGCCCGGCAAGAUCCUCAAGGUUUGCUUCUGCACCAACAAUAACCUCGGCAAGAACUUCAAGCUGGUCAAGUGCGACAGUUCCUGGCAAAUCAGGGCGAUCAUCCGAUCCAUCCUGAUCAGCGGGCGCGUGGGUCCGAACGUGGCGCACGCGGGAUGCUUCGGCCUCCUGCUCAGGCACCUCAAGUCGGAGCAGCUCCACUGGCUGCACCCGCAGCUGAGCGUCGGCGAGGUGGAGCAGCGCUACGAGAGCCAGCACGCCGCGGCCGAGUGGAGGUACGACCUUCGCAUCAGAUACAUCCCCGUCAACUUCCUGGAAAAGUUCCAAGACGACCGCUCCACGCUGUUGUACUUCUACCAACAGGUCCGCAGCGAUUACAUGCAGCAUCACGCCAGCGAGGUCAGCCGCGGGAUGGCGCUGCAGCUCGGCUGCUUGGAGAUCAGGAGGUUCUAUAAGGACAUGAACGCAAAAGGACUGGAGAAGAAGUCAAACUUUGAGCUGCUCGAGAAAGAGGUCGGCUUGGACCUUUUCUUCCCUCCCGAGCUGAUUAACAGCAUGAAGUCGAAGCAGCUCCGCAAGCUGAUCCAGCAAACGUUCCAGCAGUUCGCCACGCUCAAGGAGGACGAGUGCAUGACGAAGUUCUUUCAGACGCUCAAGGAGUUCGCCAGUUACGACGAGGAGGUCUUCCCCUGCGAGCUGGUGCAAGGUUGGAGUCUGGCCGUGGAGCUGGUCAUCGGCGGGAGGGGCAUCCGCCAGCGCACGCAGAAGAAUUCGGCGCCCGUCUUUCUGGCCGACUUCAAGCAGAUCAAGAAGGUGCAAUGUUCGCCUCAGCGCGACGGCAAGGCGCUCGUCCAUCUGGACGUCCGAGGCGCCAGACAACGGCUGUCCGUCAACGUGGCCGGCGCGCCCGCGGCCGAGAACAUGAUGGACCUCAUCGACGGCUACUGGCGCUUGGAGAACAACUCGGAGGAGUCCGUCAUCUCCAGGCAAAACCGCGAUGCCAGCGCGCGGACUUCCCUCCCGGACCUUCCGACCAGGGUGAACGCCGGCUCCGCCCGACGCAGCACGGGGUCAGAGAUCUACUGUGAGAUUCCGGACGAAAGGCCCAGAUCAGCUGUCAAAUACGGCAUGGACCGCGGCGACAUCACGCUCGGGCGAAUCCUCGGCGAGGGCUUUUUCGGCGAAGUCUACGACGGCGUCUACGCGGCAGCGAACGGUGAGCAGGUGAAAGUGGCCGUCAAGACGUGCAAGGACUGCUCGCCCGACGUCAUGGAGAAGUUCAUGAGCGAAGCGGUCAUCAUGAAGAACCUGGAUCACCCUCACAUCGUCAAGCUCAUCGGCAUCAUCGAGGACGACCCCGUGUGGAUCGUCAUGGAGCUUUACGAGUACGGCGAGCUCGGCAACUACCUGACUACGAACCGGAACAGUCUGACCGACGUGACCCUGGUGCUGUUCAGCAUGCAAAUCUGCAAAGCGCUCGUCUUCCUAGAAGGCAUCAACGUGGUGCACAGAGACAUCGCCGUUCGAAACGUGUUGGUCGCCGGUCCCGACUGCGUCAAGCUGGGCGACUUUGGACUGUCGCGCUACAUCGAGGAUGAAGAAUACUACAAAGCGUCCGUGACCCGACUGCCGAUCAAGUGGAUGGCGCCGGAAUCGAUCAACUUCCGCCGCUUCACCUCCGCCAGCGACGUCUGGAUGUUUGCCGUGUGCGUGUGGGAGAUCCUGAGCCGAGGCCGGCAGCCCUUCUUCUGGCUGGAGAACCGAGACGUCAUCAACCGGCUGGAGCGAGGCAUCAGGCUGCCCAAGCCCGACGACUGCCCGCCGGCGCUCUACUCGCUGAUGACGCGCUGCUGGUCCUACGACCCCAGAGAGAGGCCCAACUUCACCGAGCUGGCGGUCAAGAUCAGUGACGUGCACAAGAUGGAGAAGGAGCGGGAAGUAGAACGCGAGCGGGACAGAGCGCGUUCCACCAAAUAUUUCGACACCAAGUUCAACUUCGCCGAGCCUCCGCCCAAGCCUUCGAGAAAGAAACCGGGGCGCUUCGGGAACACGCUGAGCAUCGGCUUGCACAUUCAGUUGAACGAAGCUCUGUGCGCCAGCUCGCCGGACCUGGCCGGCCCGUGUGACUAUCAGUCGCCCGUGGACUCCGUCAACACUCUGCCGCCGGCCCUCAGGUCCCCUCGACGUCGCAGCGUGGGGGAGAGCGAGUUCCCCCGAGCGGACGCGCGGCGCCUCUGGCAGGCGGAGCGCCAGCAAACGCUCCACACCUUACGACGGCAGAAGGCGCAGAUGGCCGCCGACAAAGAGUGGCUGGAGCAAGAGGAGCGCCUCCUGGACCCCACGGGACCAGAAGGACCCCCGGCACCGACGCCCAACGAGGCAGAUGCCGAAAAUGACCCGCCAAUCAAGCCUCCUCGGCUCACGGCUCAGCCAGCACCCACCGCUGAGCUGGACCGUUCCGACGACAAAGUUUACACGUGUGUGAUGAACGUGGUGAAAAUGGUGGUGCGGCUGAAGAACGACAUGGUGGACACGCAGCCCGAGCAGUACGUCACGGUCGUGCAGUCGGUGGGGAUGGCCUUGAGGGAUCUGAUCGGCAGCGUGGACGACAUCCUGCCCGCUCUGCACGAGUCCGCGCGCACCGAGAUCGAGGGCACCCAGAAGCUGCUGAACAACGACAUGGCGGAGCUGAUCAGCAAGAUGCGUCUGGCGCAGCAGAACGCCAUCACGUCGCUGCGGGACGAGUGCCGCAAGCAGAUGCUGGCGGCCGCCCACAACCUGGCGGUGGACAGCAAGAACAUGCUGGACGCCGUCGACCAGGCCCGCGUCCGCGCCGACCUGGCCAAGCCGGCAUCGGCGGCGCACCUUUAAAGGACCUCUUCGGUCGUCCGGACAUACGUCCUCGACGGCGUACGCGCGCGUGUGUCUGAUCCACAGUAGAUUUGUAUCUUUACCGCACGUAGGGUCGGGCAUCGUUUCGAUUUGAACGAUCCCGGUUCCUCGUUUUGAUUCCCGUUCUCUUUGUGGACAGUGUGGGAAAAAAAGCUUCCGCCGUUUAAAGGAGGGGUGUCCAAAGCGCCCCCGCAGCGUGGACUAAAGUCAACCUAUGCCACGGCCCGUGCGGUUUGCCCGCAUUGUGCCGCACGACUUGACUUUCUACGCUGGCGGGAAAACAGAAGGAAAGUUUCUCCUCCUCUCUCACUUCUCACUUCCUUGUUUUCAAGCAAUAAGCCAUCAUUCAGUUGUGCCACCAACCACCGCAAAAUCCUGCAAAAUCAUUGAGCUUUUGCUUGAUUACCUUCGCGGCCUCUUUACUACAUAGGGUAUAUAGCAAAAAUAAAUAUAGCUUGACAUAGCUUUACCGACACUGAUUUUUUGCUGUUUUACUGUGUCAAACAAAUUAAACAUCUCAUUUCAGUUGA